GUUUGCCCGCGAUUUGUUUAUUAUCAAACAUUACUUUGAAAGUGGUAAGUUAGCGAAGAAUUGAUAGUGAUUGCAGAAGAUUUUACUAAAAAAAGGAAUUAACUGAAAUUCAGGAAUCUCGUCAAUUAGCGUCAACAGAUUUGCCUUCAGUGGCAAAUUUUUGGAGUUUAAUUUUUAAGACUUUUAACCAGUUGGUUUUGGAUUGUGCUAGGGUAUCUUGCGGUAUCCUAGCUAAAAUGUUAAAUGUUAAGAAAAAUUUAGGACUUGGAAAAGACGUUGUUGAUAAUACAAUAGUGGUAGUGAUUGCUAAUGAUACUAUAACGCAAUGUAGGAACAAUCAAACCUUAUAUGGAACAUUUGCGGAAUUCUCAGAAAAAAUCCCUGAGAAUGUUCUCGCUGAAAAACCUCCACUGGAUGGACUGCCAAAACAGACAAAUUUGGAUGUACAUAGGAAGUUAAGAUCUGAAGAAAAGCGCCACAGAUACAAGUUUUUUAUGCUCAUAUUGACGUUCUUUGCAUAUACAAGCUACCAUUUGUCCAGAAAGCCCAUCAGUGUUGUCAAGCCAGUAUUGCACAAGAACUGCUCAACAGCUAGGCCAAUAAAUGUCACCAAAAAUCAUAUCGAGAACAUCACAACUGACUGUGGAUAUGCACCUUUCGAUGGCAAAAGUUACGAGGAAAUGCUUGGUAGCCUGGACUAUGCCUACCUCUUUGCUUAUGCAGUUGGCAUGUUUCUCAGUGGCCAUAUCGCGGAGAGAGUCAAUCUCCGCUAUUUCCUGACAGGCGGCAUGUUAUUGAGCGGAAUUUUCACGAUGAUGUUUGGGUUUGCAAGAUAUUGGAAGAUACACAGUUUUACAUAUUUCAUUGCAAUGCAGAUUAUAUGUGGUGCUUUCCAGUCCACUGGCUGGCCCAGUGUUGUAACAGUUGUAGGAAAUUGGUUCGGCAAGGGCCGACGUGGUUUUAUAAUGGGAGUCUGGAACUCACAUACCUCAGUGGGAAAUAUACUUGGCUCAUUGAUAGCUGGGGUCUUCGUCAAUGACAAUUGGGGACUCUCAUUCAUUGUGCCAGGGAUUAUCAUAUCUACAAUGGGAAUUGUAGUCUUCUUCUUUUUAGUGCCAAAACCAGAGGAUAUAGGCUGUGAUUUACCAGAUCAAAGUGGCGGGGAGGAAAAUAAUUACAGGGUCCCUCCAGAUCAUAUUGAGCGUGAACACUAUUACGAGUCUCUCAAUCAAAAUGCUGAUGAUGACGAUGAAGAGCCGCUAGUAAACAGUGAACAAGGACUCGUGAAGAAGGAAAAAGCAAUCAGUUUUUUCAAUGCUUUAAAAAUACCUGGUGUUAUAGAGUUUGCUCUGUGCCUUUUCUUUGCCAAACUGGUUAGCUAUACAUUCCUGUUCUGGUUGCCUAGUUACAUAAAACACACAAUGCACACUGACCCUGAAGUAGCUGCUGAUUAUUCUACUUUGUUUGACGUGGGUGGAAUAGUAGGGGGUAUUUUGGCUGGUGUGGUAUCAGAUUUGACUGGAGCGAAAGCCACAACCUGUGUAGUAAUGUUAGCAUUUGCAGCACCUGCCAUGUUUAUUUAUGAGACAUAUGCUAGUGUUAGUAAUUUAGCAAACAUUCUGCUACUGCUGAUCACAGGUAGCCUGGUUAAUGGUCCAUAUGCUCUCAUCACGACGGCUGUUUCAGCUGACCUUGGAACGCACCAAAGUUUACGUGGAAAUUCACAUGCCCUAGCAACUGUCACUGCAAUUAUAGAUGGCACUGGCUCAAUGGGUGCCGCUUUAGGGCCCCUUCUAACAGGCCUAAUCAACCCAACAGGAUGGCAUAAUGUCUUCUAUAUGUUAAUAGCUGCAGAUAUUGCUGCACUUUUGUUGCUGCUGAGAUUACUAUAUAAAGAAUUUCAGGCCAAAUGUUGCCCAAGGGAGUCUGCACCUUAAGUCAUGAAAAUUGGUCACUAUGGAAACUGGCUACCUUCACAUUCUCCUUGGUGAUGGCUGAACUUUCGGGCGAUCUCUGAGUAAAAAUGGAAUCUAUGUGAUGUUAUAUGUUUUUUUUGAAACUUUUGUGAUUCACUAACUUCCAUCCAAGGUGCUUUACCGACUAUAAUGUAUAAUUUUUUGUCAUGAUGAACAAAUUUCAUUUUUUCAUUUUGGAUUAUGUGCAUGUCUAGUGGACUUGAAAAUGUACCAUUUUUCUGAGAUCAUUUAUAUGUCCCCUUCCGGUUCAAUAUCCUUCUUUAGAUGGGAAUCAUAUAUUAUGGGGAAAAAUUGUAAAUUUGACC